CGGAAGUUCGCAGUAGUCUGAAACAACAGCAGGCCCCCACCGCUGCUGCUGCGGCUUCCGGGCAACAUGUACCAGCUGUAAACAUGGCGGAGGAGAUACUGGAAGCAGUCGAGAAGUUGCAGUUAAGGCUCGGAGACAAUCAAGAGCCUCGCAAGCUUCUGAAAACUCUGAAGAGGCUGGGGGAGCUUCCUAUGACAGUAGACAUUCUGGUGGAAACAGGCAUUGGUAAGACUGUGAAUUCUCUGCGCAAGCAUGAAUAUGCUGGUGAGGCAGCGAAGAACCUUGUGGCAAAGUGGAAAAAGCUGGUGCCAGAGAAAUCUGCAGACAGACCAAGUGUAAAAGAUGGACGUUCCCACUCGCGCAUCAGUGAGUCUGCAGGCCACAGACGGGUCCGGGAACGCUCUCCAGUGGAACCUCCGCUUAUUGAGGAGGAACAACAUGAAGAAAUAGGCUACCAGCAUGGCUACUCGCCGUCUCCUCCGCAGUACAGACACAGCAGCGCUCCGCAGUAUCAGUCUGAUGAAUACGAAAGCCCUCCAGAGGACGAGCCGGAGCCCAGUCCUCCACCAAAUGACAUUCGGCACAGCAAGCCACACAAAGAGGCAGUCAGAGAGCACAAUUCCCAGGACCUGCGGGAUCAGGAGAGACGGAAACAGAGGCCUGGGGGCGAAGAGAGGACUAACCGAGCGGACAGGGAACAACAGGGUGGGACAAGUCACAGAUCUAAACACGAUCGGCAUUUAAGCUCACAUGAGGGCAAGAGGGAGAAGAAAGGGGGAAGUGAUGGAAAAUCAAGAGAGAGGAGGGAAGUUCCAGAGCCGGUGGAUGAGGAUGAAGAGCCGUAUGAGGCUCCGACCAUGUCUUUCGAAUCCUUUCUCACAUACGACGCUCCCACCCCAACCAAAAAGAAAAAGCAGCCACAACGACCCCCUCAGCCCCCUGCUGCCCCACUUCCUUCUGCUUCCUCCUCUAAGUCCAGCAAAGCCAACGGGACCAGCAGUAAACGCUCAAAGCCAUCUUCAUCCUCUUCCUCAGUGACCACACCUGCUGUUCCAGAGAAACGCAAGAAGGUUGUGGAUGUGGUUCCCACACUUCCUGAUAUCCCUUUGCCAGCCAUUCAGCCCUUCUACAGACCACUGCCCUCCAUUGACCUGACGCCACUCUCUCCCCAGAGACGCAAAGUUCCAGUGUCAAAUGAUGAAGAAGAUGGUGGCUACGCAGGGCGACGGCUGAACUCUAAAAUGGUGGUGUACUCUGGGUCCAAGACUGCAUAUUUGCCCAAAAUGAUGUCUCUGUAUGAGCAGUGCAUCAGAGUCCUGCAGAACAACAUCGACUCGAUUGAUGAAGUGGGCGGAGUCCCGUAUGAAAUUCUGAUGCCGGUUCUGGAGAGAUGCACUCCUGAGCAGCUUUACCGGAUUGAGCAGUGUAAUCAGUCUUUCACAGAAGAGUCGGAUGAUCUUUGGAUGAAACACUGUCAGCGGGAUUUUAAGCAUGAAGCUCCACAAGAGUAUGAAUCCUGGAGGGAGCUGUAUCUCCGGCUCCAUGAAGAGCGGGAGGAACGUCUGCGCAAGCUCACCAUGAACAUCAGCUCUGCCCAUGCAAACAAACCUAAAGGGCGGCAGGUUAAAAUGGCGUAUGUCAACUCUGCCGUUAAGCCUCCGCGAGAUGUGCGCCGCAGACAGGAGAAGUUUGGCACUAAAGACGGUUCUUUCAGCACAAGCGCUGCUCCUCCAUCUGCAAAGAUCAGACCGGCAACAAACUACAGCAUUCUGAGCAAACCCAGUGAUGGAGGUCAGUCUUCGUUUAGCAGUCCUGCCCCAGAGUCAUCCUCGCGCUCCUCUGCUCCCAGCAGUGCUGCAGGACACAGCGCCAGAGACAAACCACAAGUCAAAAAAAUUGCCCCGAUGAUGGCUAAGACUAUCAAAGCAUUCAAGAACAGAUUUUCUCGGCGGUAAAGGGAAUUUUUUUUUUAAACAUUUUAUCUGUGUGUGAUAGGACUGGAGGAGGAAAACCUUUCUUGCUGUAAUGCUUCAUAGGAAAUGUGCAAUUCCCUCUCACCUGUCAUGUUUUAAUGCUUUUUAAUUCAAGUACAGCUCACUGGACGCAAAUCACAUGAGAUUAUCUGCUUCAGCAAUCCAUCAGUUACACCGUAGCAUGUCAUAAGCUUCUUACAGGCGCCGAAAGCUAGCGGUACACUACAGAUUACCACCUGAUUCACUGUUACAUGUUUAUUUAAUUGGUUACUGUAAUCGCUGUCCAUCGUCAUUGGACUGAGUGUAUGAUUUUAAUGGUACAGUGAGAGGGAGAAUGAGAUGAGAUGUAAAAAGUUCAAGGACUGUACACUUCCCGCACCAUCGAUAUUUAUUUCAAAAUCUCGGACCUGGCAUCCCUGGACCUUGCCUUGAAUGAUGAAAGAUCAAGUCAUUUUAAUAGAUUUUAUGAAGUGUUCUAUGGACAUUUUUAAUAAAAUCCAUGUGUUGCUCUCA